CAAGGCUCAAAAGGGGGUAGCUGAAACUACCCCACCCGCUGGGGUAGAUCCGGCGCCUCUGUAGGGACCCGCGGGGAGUCUGAGUUGGACAACUCCCCGCGGGGAGUUGGACCGUGGAUCACAUGGCGCGACAAUGCGCGCAGCCAGUGAUGGCUUUGCAAAGCGUCUUCGAGUGGGUGCAGCAUGUGGUUAAGGCCGGCGCCCGCUGCUUUUCCAGCCAGGACGAAGACCAACACGUUCUCUGGGAAACGCUGGUGCCUCGCUACUGUUCCUCGACGGUGCCCGCCUUGGAGCUGCGGCGCGAGAACUUGGCCAUCGCCUUGGCGGGUCAGCUCUCGGUCUUCUUCUGCCGUUUCCUGACCGGACACUGGGGUGCCAGUGGCGUAGGCCUCUUAGUCUUCGUGGUGGGGAACAACGCGCGCUGUUCCCUGCAGGUCUCCGAGUUGACUUGUUACUUAGCACUCGCGGGGGGCGCCGGCAUGUUGGACGUCCUGGACCUCAUACAGCACGUGGUCACUGGAGCCAUCAUGGUGCACUUGCCCUUCGUGGAUCAUUUAGCCCUGAACCUGGAGGCCUUCAGCCUCCUUUUAGCACCUUGCUGUGAGCUUUACGGCAGCCAACUUGCUUACGGAUGCUAUCUUAGCCCGUCCAUGCUCUUCGAGCGUGACGACAGGCUCAUGAUGCAGUCCAUGAUGGAUCCCAGACAGUCCAUGAUGUUCUAUCCGAAUCCUCAUCGUUUCCACAGCCUGCCGAUCCGGCCGUCCGACCCGAUGCGUACGCGCAUGCCGCCCACAGAGGGAGGAGGAGCAGGAUGGGACGUGGCUUCCAUGAUUCCCGGCUGGCCGUGGCCAGAUGUGCGUGCCUACAUGCCUGACUUUGGCCAAGCCGGCCAGGUCGACGCUUUGGCAUCCUCCUCGCAGGAUUUGCCCCACGCGAUGAAGCGUCGCAAUGCCGUGGACGUGGCGUGCGCCGAGUGCGGCUGCACCAUCCGCGCAGGGCAAGGCCGUUGCGGCACCGGCGACUUCUUUGGUUCUGUCUACUGCAGCAAUUGCUGGAAUGUGUGGGGAUCGUCUCAAUCUGCUUAGAGGCCCCGGCGGAGAGCGGCGCCCGGGGUGAGAAGAAGAGAAUCGCCGCAGCCGAGCAAGGGGGGGCCAUCGGCGGAAAAAGGGUGCCCUGGGUGUGUCCGGUGGGUGCUGUCGUGAAAUCUUGGGGAUAGGUGGGUG